AUGGUCGACCCAGCUGAAUUGCUACCACCGCUCAAGCAGGCGCUGGAUAAUAGCGGACUCGAUCCAAUAAUCGCUGUCCAAUCUCUCGAUGUACUCAUCACCAUCUUCCGCGACGAGAGCGUAGAUCCUCUGCACAGACAGCACGCUAUUCUCUGCUUGGCCUCCGCAUACCAUCAUAUUCUUAAAUUCUCCGCGGUUAAUCAAGGGCAGCCACAAGGCUGGAAUAAGCUGCAAAGCGUAAAAUCAGCGAUAUUUGCUUUGGUUGAGCAGAAACACGCUCCACUCAGUCUACGUCUGUCUGCUAUCAAGUUUGCCCAACGGUCCAUCGUCGUCCAAUCGCGUCCACAAGGCAGAACAUCGUCGAGGGAUGUCAACGUAUCUCUCAUAGCUGGCAAUCACCCCUUCAUCGACACAAGAGCCCUCGAGAGUGAGAAUACUCGCACACUACACUCCCUCCUUACUUUGAUAUUUACCCCACAAAAGCUAUCCAUCGUUACAGCGACUAUUAAUAUAUUGGGUGUUUUGGCCAGACAGCGGCCUCAGUACGCAGCUGCAAUCGCACCAGCUCUCGCGACUUGGACUCCGGCACCCCUCCAGACUAUGGUCACGAAUCCUUCUCAGCUCAAAUCUGUCGAUAAGUUGCUCUAUGGCGUGCUCAAACAUCUCGUUAAACUUGGCCUCACUGGUAACAGCACACCAACCGUUAUGGAGUCCCUGUCGAAGCAAGCUCAGCGGAUUGAGCAGCUUACUAGGGAUGAGCAAUCGAGGAAGAAGGCUAUGAAGCGUGCAAUGGCUGAAACUCCAAGUCUUAAAUCUUUAGAUCUUAAGCGUCAGCGUACAAAUGACCACUUGCCUUCAGUCUUUGCUGACAGCUCAUCUAGGAUGGACAUUGACGUGACGAAGCUCCCACUCGAGAGUGUCAUUGAUGGGCUUAUAGAGAGUCUUGAGAAAGUCAGCAAACAAAGUCUUGAAAAUGCAAUAAAUAAGUCGAGAGAGAGAAUCAAGACGGAAGAGAGUUCCCAAUCCACCACCCAUGUAUUACCAUCUCGUCCACAGCCAGGUCCAUCUAGACAACUAGAGCCACAAUCGCAACCAUUUGCGCAAGAUGGGAUGGAUGUUGACGAAAAGCCUAUCGAUCCGCUAAAGGUAGAUAUAGACGAUGACGAAUUGGAAGAUGAUGUGGAAGGGAUUAAUAGAAACCUCAAUGACACUGUGGCGCCAUUUGGAGAGGCACAGCAAGCCAUCCAGAGUCAGAGUCAGAAUCAGAAUCACAGCGAAAAUGAACAGGGUGCCACCAGAAUGCAAGGUGUUAAAUCAAAAGCUCAGUCUCUGCUUAGCGCCAUGCAAAAAGUGCAACAUCCAACCAACCUCGAUAAAAGAGAUAGAUUACUCGUGAUCAGGAAUGCUAUCGGAAGGAUAUGUAAAUCUAUCCCACACAGUGCUCUUACCGAGACUGCAGAUGAAGAUAUUCGCAAGUCAACGUUAAAAUUUCAAGGCAGGGAUCUGUGGUCUGUUGUUUUAGUAAGGUUGCUCACUCGCGGUCUGUCGUACGUUGGAAACCAUAUCCAAGACGAGCAGUUACAAUUAGAGAAACGCGCUCGGGAGACAUUAAUAGAUUUUAUCAGUAUGGACUUCGACAGACGAUACAACAUUGCUAUUCUCUGGCUCAAUGAAGAGUGGUUCAAUUAUACCUUGCUCAAAGAUACAGAAGAGAAUGCGAGUCUGGAUGGAUACAAUGAGUUACUGUCGCAUAUUAUUGAUCGUCAGAUUACGCAAUUAUCGAACAAUAAUUCCAAUAUAACAAGCGCGGCUUUCGUCAAAUUUGUGAUGGAUUUGCCAAUCAUUAGUCAGGAUUCUUUGAAUAAAGUGCAUAAGAUUUGCUUAGAUAGUGAGAGUUUGAAGGCCCCAGUGGGAUUUAUUAUACUCAGGGAACUAGUCGCGAUGCGCUUGCCGGUGCGACAGGCUUCACUUGAGAUACUGCUCACGCUCGCCGUGCAUCCUGAUUUGAAAACGCGUCGAGCGGCUGUCAACUCUGUCAGGAAGUGGGUUCCGGAUAACGAGAAGCUCACGCCUAUUGUUCUCGAUCAUGCCUUGAAAUCUCUUCACAGCUUGUAUCAGGACCAGCAAACUUUCCUUUCGAGUCUCGACGUGAAGAAAGAAGAAGAUGGUACGCGAACUGAUUUUGGAAUUAAUCAAGAGGCAGACGUAAAGCUGGAUAAUGAUGAUCAGCCUAUGAAGCAAGACGGUGGUGCGUCAGAGAAUUCUCAGAAAGAGAGCCAUGAAGAGGGAGUAACAUUAUCUCCCAAAGAGCGCGCUGCUGCCAUCGACACAAGGAUUUUGGAGAGAUCAGAAUUAGUCUUCUCGUUGUGUUUGAGACAAACGGAAAUUCUUAAAGAUAUUUUUAUUGUUUACACGAGACUAUCUCCAGAACUUAAAGAUUCGUUCGAAAAAGCGCUCACACCUAUGAUCAGAGGAUUGGGUUCUUCGAAUCAGAAUCUGUUGGUUAUUUUGAAAACUUUCGAUCAGGAUUCUGAGCCAUUAGCACUACGCAUCUUGAACGUGUUGACUGACUUUGGCAAAGAGAAACCUAGUGCUGAGCUCGUUAAGUUUAUAAGAGAGUUGAGCGCUGAACGUGAAGGUAAAAUUGAUCCGCGCUUCGUCAUACCCAUUUUGCAGGAGCUUUCAAAGGAUGAAAUUAUUGCUGAAUUACCCCGCAUCGUUAAACUUCUCAAGAGCGAGGAAAAUAAGCAACUCAUCAGGACUGUCUUUAGCUCCGUUGUGGAACCUCCUCAAUCAUUCGGUAGUGUGAAUACCAACGUCGUCCGUGUCGAUAAGGAUAAGCCAGAUAAGAUAACACCGGCUGAGCUGCUGACAAUACUUCAUGAGCGUGAGACUGAGAUCGGUCUGAAGGAGACUAUAAUUGCAAUUGCUAUUUGUUUCUCGCUCACAGACAUAUUUAGAUCAGAUGUUUUGGCAAUUUUCAUGCAAUCAAUGUCUGAAGUCAAGGUACUACCUAAGCUCUUCAUGCGCACUGUGAUACAAGCAGUUACGACAUAUAAAACACUCGUGCCAUUUGUAUCGACAAACUUGUUCUCAAGGUUGAUAACAAGGAAGAUCUGGCUGAUGCCUGUAAUGUGGGAGGGAUUCGUACGCUGUGCAAAAGUAAUAGCACCUGCAUCUUUCGGCGCUUUGCUCCAGUUGCCUCAAGAUACGCUCAAGGAUUUAGUCAAAAAGCAACCGACGCUGCGACCAGGAUUGUAUGACUUUGUUUUGCGCAAAGCACCCAAGUCUCAAAUACUCAGAAUUUUCGAUGAUAUUCCCGCUGGGCAAGCUACACCACCACCAUCAGCUAGUUGA